AUGGGAUGGAAAAAUAAUACAGUGCAGAUCUUGUUGUCCGGGAUACAACAGGUAAAAGAGCAAUUUUCAUUUUGUAAGGGAAGAGAAGGGGUUUUCAGAAGUCUAAAAUGAGAUGUCAUCUAUAGAAGAUUCCUAUCAUUCGUCCAGUUAAAUGGUUUAUUUGGUAAGUUUUUAUCUGACUGGAAAGCCCGCGAAAAAAUAUUUUAACAGAAAAUUUAACUUUUUCCUGGAUGAAAGAUCAUCGUUAGCUAAAGAUUGAAAAAUUACAAACCAGAACAAGAUAUGUCAAAAUACUAGCUUGUGAUUGGCGGAGAGGUGACAGUUUCUGCACACCUGUCGAGCGGACCAGUCAGGGGAGUGUACCCUUUCCUAGAUACAAAACUACGUUAUCCCCAAAUAGUUAAGUCAUGAGAGAAAGAUAAUUAACAAUUCAUUCACCAGUUGUCUAAUAUAUAAACAAUUUACCGGUGGGAUGAAGUCACGGUAGGCAGGCUAGAAACCCAACGCCCCAUCGCCCGCCUAUGUUGGCCUGACAGAAAGUGCCAGACAUUUGAAAAUAGUGUUUUGUGUUUAUUCGCCAGGUCAUGAGGCUCGCAUCCUUGGCGGUACUAGUCGCCAUAGGCCUAGUCCAUUUCAAACUAUCGGUGAGUACGAGUUUUAAAACGAUUCAUUAAUUUUGGUUUACAAGGCAUGUCGACUUGGUCGAUCGAACCUUUGAUCAAUGGAACGAUUGAUCGAUCGGUUGGUGGUUGAUCAAGGGAGCGUAUCAAUUUGGAUGACUUCCGUCGUGCUUACACAAACUUAUUAAAUGCAAACGCUGAGGAUUUUGGAGUCAACUUACCAUUAAGUUUUCCAAACGGCUGUUAUUAUAGACAUUAACGUCCCUGCAGAAUAAUAUCUGCUCUUAGAUGGUUAUUUACGGAGUUUAUUUUUAGCUUUUAGUCAAGUGUGGUUUGGAUUCCUGAAGUUCUUUUAAGUUCUUAGCUCUUAAAUUCAAUUACUGUUCUAGAAAUUUCAAUGUUCAAUUCUGAUAUCAAUAGGUUAAUAGCAGAGACAUUUUUAAAAAGUAUAUCAUAGUUUUAUUCGUCUGUCUUGGCACCAUUUGUAAUAUUUUUAUUCUUCCGCCAUAUUUGGUUUCGUCCCACCUGCUCUGAUGCCAAAUAUGGAAAAAGUGAAGUAAACUGUAAAAAGAGUUGCUUGUUAAUUUUUUACAAUUACACGUCGUUCAGAUGAUAAUUUGUCUUUCUCUGUUUCCUGGCUAAAAAUUCUAACUAAAAUUUUUUCAAAAUAUCAAAAAAGACCGUUGGUGGUCUUCAUAAAGUACUCAAGUUAAAAAGGUAGUGCUUUUUCGUGGGAAAGAGAGAUAGAUAAAAGGAUCAAGAAAUCGGCAGAGUUAGGGGCAGCCAACCGCCUCCGAAAUCUCAUCUAUGAUCGAUGUUUGCUACUGUGGCAAUUACUUUGGCGUCAUUAUACGUGGUCACAGACAAAUCGGUAACAACUUUCUCAUGAACACGAGAGUAACUGUAGUUUAGUGAUAAUAUCAGGUUGUCUUCAUGGUGGCAUGUGGUAUCAAAGUCGGUGGUUUUGAUUACAGUUAUUCAUUUUUCGUCGUACCUUUAAUAGCCAUGAACUUCAGAUCUAUGUGUCUGUAAUUGUAACUUUAAUUAAUAGGUGUUUGGAUUAGGACUUCGAUCCAACGCUAACUUAAUAGUCACCAAAGCGCUUCGUAAGACCUACUAGUAACUUAAAUUGCGUUGUUUAAGAAUUGUGCCAUUUAAAUAACUUCAAUGACUAAUAUAAAAUUAAUGUAAAGGAAAAUGAAACUAUUUAUAUGAACUGAAUUUACCCUGGUGCGAUUUUAACUCUUUUUUAAUGACGAUAUCGACGAAGGAGACGUCGUACGUGCGCCUUUCACAUAAGAAAAGUUUUUCCUUCCAGCGGCCUAUCUGUAAACCAAUACUGCCUGAGUGUCGUUUUUAAUGCCGCGCUGUAUGACAAUCUGAGGGUAAAAACAUCUAAGCAGCCUACUUCAGUAUUCUAAUAAAUCAACUAUCGUUUCUUCUCCAGGCGUCUCUGCCCGUGUCUCCAGUCCCUCCUCUUCUUAACAAACUUCUCAAGGAUCAGAAUGUAACACUGGGUUUCAUUCUCAAAGGAUUGCAAGGUCCUCCCGGUGCGAAUGGUAUGGCUGGAAUGUCCGGUCAGCCAGGUCAACCAGGUCCACCGGGAUUCAAAGGAGAUCCCGGUCCUCCUGGUUUCCCCGGUAGUCCCGGUCUUCCAGGAGCCCCUGGUUUUCAGGGACCUCCAGGUAUGGAUGGAGCUCCUGGUUCCCCUGGUUUCCCUGGUCCUCCAGGUUUUCCCGGUGGUAGUGGAAUGCCCGGUGUCCCCGGUAUGCAAGGACCUCCAGGACCUCCAGGUGCCCCAGGCCCUACACCAAUUAGAUACGUAAGUAUAUUUAUUUUGAUUAGCUCCUUUCUAAAGGUUUCUUAGUAUAACUGCAAUUUGUCUCUGUUUGACCAUAAAUACGAGUAAGAAAGCUUUCGAUUGACUUACUUUCGAACAGCUCCAUUCAGAAAAUGUAUACUAUUACGACUCGUGAUAGUAUUUUUAAAAAAAUUCAUCAAGGUAAUUGUUUUUUUUUUUGUCCAUUUUCUGCCCUAUAUUCACGUGCAUCAUGUAUACAUAUUUCGGACAAGUUAAAAUAUGAUCCUUCUUUAUGAAUCUUAUUCAGAACGGAACAGUGAAAUGUGAAGAGGACACAGCUUGGCUGCGAUGUAACGAGUACAAACACAUAAGCAUUAUCUCCGCUUUCUGGGGAAGACGAAACUUCGGCCUGUGCACGGAACACACAGGAAACCUACAGUUUAACAAAUACUGCCCGACAACGCCUCUCUUUCUGACAAAAGUUAAGGAUGCCUGUGAAGGAACGACCAUGUGCGAGAUAAGAUGCACAAAGUUCUUCUUCAACGAUCAAUCUUGCACAGACGUAUACAAAUACUUGGAAGUCUACUACAAAUGCAUUGAAGUUAUUAACGGUCACGAGGUUGUGAACGAAGAUAACCUACUCAACGCCAAUUUCUUGGGUUGAACGAACGAACGAACAAACUUUCUAUAGAACGUUACUUUGCUUCGCUCUCGGCUGUAUCAUUUCACUUUGCUGGAAAGAGUUGUAUUUGUAAAAACGGGCUUGCCUGAGGAUAAAAAAACGAAUAAAUCGCUUCAACUAAAAAGGGCGAAGGCCUCGAAUUUCUAAUUCUUCGGCGAAAGAAGACGACAUACAUGGUUCUUGUACUUGUGAACCAUGUGUUAUAUCGAUUUAAGGUAGUUUUCUUUCUGUACAUGACAUGAUUAAAUCAUCUUUGUAGAAUCGAUCGAUAUUUACUCGGCUCGACUCUUUACGAAAUUUGACGAAUUAGUGUGACGCAUUAGUGAGGUAGGGUCUCCAGUUUUUGUUGUCAACAGGUUUUUUUUGUUCUAAUAAAUUACCUUUUGUGCCGUAAGGGCACAGACUGACCAAGGUUUCCAGCACUGACAAACCUCCCGAAUUGGCCAGACUGACCAAGAAGCAAUGAUCAGUAGCUGUUCAAAUCGCUUGUGUAUGAUAUAGUGCGAUUUAUGAUGUAAUCUUCACUCUUAUAUGUAAAUAAACUGGUAAUGGAAUGGUUUACAGGUGUACACACGCCUUAUGUAGUUCUAAAACAGUAACUCGAUCAUGAUUGCUUUCAUUUGGUGACUGAUGGAUGUCAAUGAAGUUCUACUUCAGCAUUAUGAAGUUCAAGUUUGUCAAUAAACGACGUUUCCGUUGUCCAAUGCUUUCUUAUUCAAACUCCCUUGUGUUUUCCGCAGUAUUGCUCCCUUAAAAAAUUUUUGUUCAAGAAAUACAGAACCCAAACAGAUCAAUAAGGUGUAUCACAUCUCCUUAAGAAAAAAAGCUUGCAAAGCUGAACGCACACCAAUAAUAAUAACACAAUAAUUAAGGGCAAAAGGUACUUUGUAAGGGUCUAAAGUAUCACAUCUACUCAAAUUUGAGCGGAAAAACAAGAGUCACUUGAAUAGCUGUGAAUUCAAUUUGACACGAAUCAGUUGUAGGUCUGUAGAGGUCACCCAUGCACUUUUUAAUAUAUUUUGACAUGCGCGGUGAAAACUGCAUCUGAUAAGUAGUUAGCCUCACCAGGCAUCAUUCCGUGGCAUUGCAGUAGGUUUAGUUACAAAAGUACAUUCCAAAUUAACCAAUUCUGCAAUCUCGUUAGUCCAUUUUAAAAUCUGAUGCACCACUCUCUGAUUGGUGACCACCCGAAUGACAGAUUUGCUUUGGUGAUGGUCACUAAAGGUGAAUUAAUUUGAAGUCUAACGACAACUUAUGACUGACCUCUCUCAAAUGGGUUUACCUAGGCUGCGAUACUGAAAUACAUAGAUAAGGUUGUUCAUCUUGUGAAACCUCUGAAAAUUAAUUUAUAUUGCUUCUGCCAUUGAGCAGUCUUCAACUUAGACAUGUGCCCCUGCCUUCCUCUUCAUUUUGUUAUAAUCCUUGAUUAUGGUCAAAGAACAGAUUCAUCUUUGUCUAUUAGCUUUGAACAUCUGCAGAGAACGUUAUUUUUUAUCUCCUCGCAAACCUCACACGUGGUGUUUCUGUAAGAAUGGUUCGAGCUGGUUUUUCUAAUUCUUUGAUAAUUCGAUGUUACCAUUUUUUUUUUCAUUCGCUACUCUAAAGAAUGGGGACCAAAUGCCAAAAUGUCUCAACAAGUUUUGUGACCAUCAACAAUAAAGCGUUACCACGGAGAAACCAUAGUCUUUAACAUAAAACCUUAAUUAGUUGUGCUAGGUGUCUCUAACCUCUGAAAAGAGUCACGCGAACCCCUUUGAUAAUUUCUGAAUUUAAACCAGCAAUUCGUUGGAGAGAUCCGCUCUAACAAAUAGCUAACGGUCUAAACGUCAGCUUUAUUACAUCUUUACGAUGUCCAUUUCAUUUUCCUAACUCAGUUGAUAAAACCAAUGAUCUUGUAAUAACUUCCCUCCCCCCCCCCCCCACACAGCACCACAGUUUGUUUGGAAACGCAGCUCUUUUGUUCGGAUGUUACAAAAAGUAGAACGAGGAACUGAAGUCGGGGACAGGUAAUACAGCGGUAAUCCACAUAGAAAUUCAAAAUGACAGAUGAAAAGUCGGAAAAAGGUCUGAGCACCAGUUUUGAGCAAGUGUUCUUCGCAAUUAGUUAGGAAGACAAAUGAAACUUUAAUUGAAGGGUUUUUAACCUUGAUCUUUGAAAAAAUGAGGUUUACGUUUAUAUUAGUCGCAGGUGCAAUGGUAAUCCCCCAGGGAAACAUUGAGACUCUCAGGAAAACAAAACUAACUCUUUCUCUCGGGGGCUGACAUUAUGCACAUAUUUUUUAUGGAUUACAAUGUCCUGUACACGCAGUUUGCAUUUAUGACCUCACAUCAACAAAGUCCACUUACGUUAACCUUUUAACUCGCAUUAAUGACCAAAACAGAAUUUCUCCUUACAAUAUCAAUACAAUGUCAACCAGAUGAGUGAUGAGAAUAAAGAAAAAUAUCAAUUUGGGGAUAAUUAGUUGAUCCAAUACUAAAUUCUCUGAACUAACAUUGUAAGAAUGGUAUGGUUGACAGUAAGGAGAAUUAUAGGUUUGAUCUGGAAGAUAAAGGGUUAACCUGAGGAAUAUGGGGUAUUAUCAAACUCUAAGACGCAACGAAAUCUCAACUUGUACCAUCAAAAAACAAUAUCGUUGUAAAGAAAUUAUUAUCGAGCUGGUGUGAUUAAUUACCUAGGUACGUGAAUCGAGGUUCAUACGGAAUUUGGUUAAGUUUCAUCUAGUGUUUUAAAAACAGCCCUCAUAGAUGUAUAUAAAAAUUUACAAUAUGCCAUGAAUUAUAACUUACGAAAUUCUGACAAUUUUCUUUAGGAAUUUGUGUUGUCUGUGAAUCGAUUUCGGCACAUUUACAGUUCAGGGAACGAUAGCACGAGAGGAGCCUUGUCCUUUUUUUCCGACCUUUUUGUAAUGAACACCGAGUUUUCGCGCGCAUCCAGAGCAAGAUUCAACAAAAGAUCUCCCGUAGAACUUUUGACAGUCAUUGAGGACUUCCUGCUGUUCCUUAGAGGUUAUCAGCCGGGCGUCAAACAAGGCCCCCCUUAUUAUGUUAGUUUGAAUAUGAUACCUCGAGCGAGGAUAACUCAAACUGACAUGUUGAGUGCUUCAGAGUCAACAUGGCUCAAUGGGUUUGCAAAACCGUGACGUUUGUUUACACCAAGAAAGUGGGCCACGAGGUUGUUGAAAUGGUUGAGAGGCUCUGUUCAUCAAUGAACAAAGAUCAAACACAAGAUUUGUUGUUUGAAAUUAUACUUCCAACUUACGAAUGAAGGAAGGAAAUCUUGCAUGAGGUGAGAUGUAACACCCUUGAACAAAGGUCUAGCACAUCUUAAAGCUUUCAUUUACGGGUCACUUCGGUAGAAAACUGAACGAUUGCCACAUUCAUCUGAACUGAUAACUUUUGAGACGUCUGGGCGACUGUUCAGGGAGAAAUUCAGUUUUGUUUUUUAAAAUCAAAACACUGUCUGAUUUGUAGAUCCGUAGAUUUAUAAAAACCACAAAUAAUGCUCAUACUUCUGAAACACAAAUGUGGGACGCUUAUGAAAAUAAAACUUUAGUUGCUUCGACAAAUCAAAUUUUCUCCUUCGUAGCUGGCCAAGUUACGACCUCUAUUCCAUGAUUAAGUUUUAUUUUAAAUGUGGUAAGCUUCCUAUUUUAGCAUUUUACUUGUAAUUGAAAAGAAAUAUGGAUGGUUAGAAGAGAAAUUUGUGGGUCAAAUCGAGAUUUCUAGAGGUUUCUCUCAAACAUUUUCAACAAAAAUAUGAUUUUUCUUUUCAACGUGGCGAUAAUUCUGAAAUGAAACUUCGUCUUUACCUAAGUCAUUGUGUUGUUGACUUUCUCGGCAAGCGAAGUGCUUUUUAUACAUUUAAUCCAGAGAGUAGAAUUUUUCAGUUUUUGAAAGCUGACGACCACUGAUUGUUUGACUCAAGUAGGGUGACUGAAUCACUCAAAAAUCACCAGCCGUGUAGAAAAACUGGUGCCUGGCGCGCAAGUCGCUGAGCGCGUCAUUGGCGGGUAAAGUGGACGAAGGCGCGUGGCGCGCUUUUGAGGCAUGACGUAAUCAAGUGACAAGUUCAGCAGCAUUACCUAACAGCUUGGACUGCGACAGUGAUCAAAUCGGAACAGCACAACAGUGUCAAUUUUAUACUAGUUUUAAAUUUUGCUCCCCGAUUCUCUAGCCUUGGGAUUCUUCAGUAAAGGUAAGAGUAUUUCUAGGUUUAUCAUGAAGUCGUUGAGCUGCACAAUUUGCCUCUCUAGUGUUCUGAAAGAAAUGAAAAACCCGGGAACUCAACCAAGCGAAGCAUUAACAAUUUCACCGAGAAAUAGUGUCAGCCUGAUCCUCAUGCACUUUUUGCGAUUUCUCCAGUCCUAAUUAACGCCGUUUUCUGGUCUAUUUUGUCGUAAGUAAAAUUACUUAAAGUUUUCCUUUUGUAGAGUUUAUCCACGAAAACAUCUGUGAUUACUCAUGCUUGGAAAUUUGUUUGAUCUGCUAAGUUAACAGCGAGUUUAUUCAAUUGCGAUAAGCCUUCCAAAGAGUUAAGACAUGACUUUUUUCAAGUAAGUUGCUUUGUGAAACAUAAAUCAAGGUGAUUCUUUAAUCUUGCAAACGCAUUUUCUAUAUUUUUACGUUAUCAAUAACUGUUUAUUUAAAUACCUGUUGCUCUGAUAAAUAUGAUUAGGCAAUAAGAAACCAUAUCCAUGAUUUUUCCUUAAUAUUUUGGCUAAAUUAAUUUUGUUUUCGUUGAACAUGCUUAGAAGAACACAAUCGCCACUGAAUCAAAAUGACAAAUGUUUCGUAAACUUUGGCUUUUUCAUACUCGAGAAAAACUUAGAAUCUUUGACUUCAAAACGUUUCCACUGAACCGUAUGGUUCGAGAUCACAGCGUUAACUCGCUGAUGGCCUAAAUAAAUAAACUGACUUACAAAAUUAAACAGGAAAAAGGAUCAGUAAUUUUAAACUCAGGGAUAUCUCGGUUCAUACCAGCGACUGAUACGGAUCGUGAGUCUGUCCUUAAAGAGAAAUCGAACUGGAAACCCAGCGAGUGAAAAUUACACCGUGAGAGAAAGGGCGCCACAGGGCAGAGAUAGUUACCUUCAUAUCUUCAUUGCUACCUUUGGUCCGCCAUGUUUCACUUCUGUCUUCUGCGGUUUUAGUAAUUUGUUGUCAUUGAUCUUGCAAAGUUAAGUGAAUCAGUUUUUUUAAAUCAGGGAAAAGAAAAAAAUCUCAAGAAAUUAAAACCCCGCGUCCUUUUCGCUUGAACGCUGAUUUAUAUUUUGAGAUUUUUUAACAUCAGAUCAUAGUUAUUUCUUUCAAACAAAUUUCGCGUUUCUUGUAGAGACGUUGAUAUUCAUCAAAGAAGAAUAGGGAUCGCGAUCUUAAAUUUUGUCCAAGUCUGUAUAUCAUUCUCUGUCAUUUUCAUUAUUCUUCGGUUACGUUUUGCCAGUCGAUUUUUUGGUGGAAAUAUGGUUUUAAACGGUACAAAUUCCCCCUUAAAUUAACCUAUAGGGCACGAUUUAAUAUACUAAAUCAGCUAAAACCAACCUAAGGAUGUGAUAUUUUUUCUAGUUAUAUAUUGUGCAAUAUUUGCCGGUCAAUUCAGCGAAAUGAGCUCAAAUUUGGUCCAGUAAACAAAAUCCUAAGAUUGUGGUGAUUACAUUUGUAUAGAUGAAAUUUAAGCCAUCUUGGUCUUUAGUUUUGUUUUUUGACAAAAUUUGACAAAAUUUGGCACCUUAACCAAAACUUUGUCACCCACUCGAUUCAAAUACUCAUACCGUAUUAAGAGCGCUCUUAUUUAAGAGUUAAAGGGAUUUAAAUUAGUGAAUAUUCAAUUAAAAUUUUGCGCUUAUGGGCUUUGCGUUAAGUUUGGACUUCUUUAACGAGCCUCGUAGGAUAACCGUGCACCCCAAUGGAAGAAAAUGUUUUUACACCCAAACUCUUUCAUCCCAAGCGUCGUUCAUUUAAAUUUUUGUCAACCUAAAUUUUCCUUCCAAAAGCUGGCUUAAACUCUAAACGAUCUGAGCAUUGCAAUUUGCGUUAUAGUUACGAAUCAAGAUGUCUUUCAAAGAACCAAUUUUAAUACCGAGAAUAAAGAAAUAUAUGAUUCCUUAAUGCAUGCGGUUAAAUUUCAUAAGUUUUCUAACUGGUGCUUCUAUACUUCUGGCCAGUGGGCCCUAGGAGUAGCACAUUCUGAAGUAUUUUAUUAAUUUCCAAAUGCAAAAGAGACGUUAUGUCUUCUAUCAUAUGAAAAAGGAAAAUUACAUGUCACCCCAUGUGGGUUAUUGAUGCGUAACUGAACUGUGUUGAUUUGGAAAAUUUAGCCUUUUCAUUACUUUGUAGGAAAUGAAUAAUGCAAAACUGUUGUUCUCAAUUUCUCCAUGCUAUGUGGUCUGUUUGUGGAUAGGGGAACAUUCUAUAAAGAAAAACAGGUGUCUACAGAGAUGUUAAAGAGAUUCUUGGUAAAAAAUAAGCAGGGCUAUGAUGUCAGUUGUUCCCGGGGUCGGUGUGACAGGUACCCGUUAUCCAGUCAAGUUACCUAACCAAGAUUUAUCCACCGCGUUAACAUUUUAACGACCUAUAUUUGAUUUUAGGCUAUGAAGGCUGCUACAGGCCUGCUUAGGCUGGCUUUGGGCCUCGCUUUAUUUUUAUUAGCGGUAAGUUACUCAAUUUUUCUAUUACGAUAACCGAAGCUAAGCUCCAAACAAUCUUUUUCGGCUGUCAAUCGGUACUUUGGUCGAUAUCCAUCGAUGGCAGGUGAAACCUUGACAAGAGAAUUGUCAUCGUUAAUACAAAUAUAGAAGUCAUUUGAAAAAGCAAUAUUCUAUCUCAAGAAAAAUUUAUGGUACAAAGACACGGAUUAAGUCCAUCGGAUGACAUUGGGUUACAUUGUAAAGUAUCAAACAUAGAGCUAUUUAUAAUGCAGAAUCUGAUUGUAAUUAAAUCCAACAUUUUACUUCGUACCUAGCAAUGUUCUCCACUGCAACGCAAGCCACAUGUUCUCAAGAAACGCGACGACAUGCUGAGCUAUUACUGGGACCAGAAAUUGCCCUUAGGCUUCUUUGUUAAUGGUCAAGGAGGUUUGAUGGGACCUCCGGGGCCCCCAGGACCCCCAGGGGCCCCUGGUUAUAUGCUUGGUGGCAGUGGAAGUGGAAGUGGUGAUGCUGUUACUCGAGGGGGAAUUCCUGGACCUCCGGGGCCCCCGGGACCUCCUGGUCCACCCGGGCUUGGUGGUGCUUCUGCUGUGAGUAAACUACUUUUCAUAUCGCUAAAUGAACUUGUUGUGUUUUAGGUAAGGAUCAGAUAUUGCCGUGUAAAAUUACCUGUUAAGAAAUCUACUUAAAUUAAGGCUCUACAGGAUCAUUUCAAGUUUUUUUUCUUUUCUUUUCAAAUCAAAUGUGAAACAUGGCACUAGCUUUACUUGAUUGAUGACUAUAAGAGUUUUCCAGCCGAGUGGGACUGGUCACAAACAAAACAAAAUGAACUUUUGCUUUCUGCCUUCAUACGUUUUUGCCAUAAAGGAAAAAAUAUUUAUGCUUGUUUUGAAUGGAAGGUAAUACCUCUUGCUCUGUUGGAUGUAGCUACCAUCCAGGAAAAGCUGACAAACUGAGAGGAAACUUUGCCUCUUGGAUUUGCGCUAUAUUUAACCAUUCAUUUUAUUUGUGCUGAAAAAAGCUGAGGCUGAGGAUUUUUCUUUCAAUGGUUUCUUCGACACGAUUUCUUAAUUCUCAUAUUUCAGGGUGGUUAUCUCUCUUUUGUUUGUUGCUGAAGGAAAAGGAGCUAUUUUUGUCUUUCGUCUCUCUUCUCAGGGUGCUCAAGAAACCAUCACCUGCGAGGGCGAGAAGGAAUGGAUUGAGUGUCCACAGUACAAAGUUAUCAAAAUCAGCUCUGCAUUCUGGGGUCGAGAUGAUGAUGCUACAUGCACUACAAACGGCGUUCAACACGGACUCAGCACCUCGGCCAUGUGCCCUCAGGACGAAUCCAACACCAUGACCAAAGUUGAAGGACAAUGUAAAGACGAGCAAGCCUGUGAACUAGCAGCAACCUCCACCUUCUUCGACAAGACCGAUUGUGGACAAGUAUAUAAAUAUCUACGUGUGAAAUACGAAUGUCUGCCUAGCGAAUCAAGAGUCAAAGCAGCAAUUCAAAGAUCAAGAAUAAGCGGUUAAUUUGAUUCUGCAUUUAACUGACAUUUACUCUAUCACAUGAUAGACCACUGACAAACGAUUCCACCGCCUAAUAUGGUUGUGCUGUUUAACGGAUGUGGGACUUCUACUUAGCUAACGUGCGUUUAUGAGCUUGUUAAUCGCUAGAUCAGGAAUUCAAACCUAAUGAGCCUAUUGGAGGUAAUGAGAAAACAGUUUUUCUCAACACGAUGCGCUUGACUAACUGUUAAACUUUAAAGGAUUGGAGAACGUUCAUAGCGAUAAACAACCUCACGUUAGAUGGUUUAAAGCGUUUCGUUUAAAGAUGGAGGAAAGAUAAAAUAGAGCUUCCAUGCUAACAUGGUGUAAAUCGAUCGUCCAGCAGGGAAGGAUACGAUAUUCUAUUCCGUCAUAUUGCACAUUCUUUUUCAAUAAUUUCAAAUGUGUAUAUAGUUAUAUUUCUAAAACUCGUUUCACUAUUUCGUGAAAUAGAAAUCCUUGUAAAAAUUACCAGCCAUUCCAGUAGGCCAUCGUAAGCACUGUAUUGUACUGACCACAAAACGCGGUGAGACGAUUACAUGAUGUGCUGUAGAAUCUGAUAACAUAGGUGACCAUACAUGUCACUAGCUCGCGACGUUGUUACGUCUUUUAUGUAGCCCCCUAUGAAUUACAACAUUAAAGCUUUAUGGUCUUCUAAGAUUUACCAGUGUCUCUAGAUAUUUAUAGCUUCUCUGCUGCCCCGCUCCUAUCACGUGCUCAUAUUGAAGGAAACAAUUAACCCUUUAACCCCCAAAAGUGACUGGCAUGUAAUUUCUCCCUAUCAUAUCACGCCUUAACCAAACAUUAAGGUCGGGAGAAUAAAAGAACUGAUCACUAUCUGAAGAAGCUCUUGAUUGUUAGACAAAUUCUCCUUGUCGGCGCCCUAGGAAAUGUUUAGAGACCAGUAUAGAGAAUAUGCACGCUGAUGUUCGGGUGUAAAGGGUUAACAACUGUUUACCGAAGGG